GAGGAAGCUCUUCUUUAGAUUUAAACAGCUCUUUGAAAAAAAAUAUAUAUAUAGGCUAUAACCUAACCUUAGCCUAACUCUCACAACUUCCCACUACCUUUUUUACAAUUGUAUGAUUGCCUGCUACUGUAGAGCAGGUCUUCAAGUCAAAAACUUCUACUGAAGAUGCAUAAGAGAUAUCACUAUGCUGAUUUGGGUUGGGCAGUGUAUGUGAUGGCCAGUUUAGCCCUAUCCGAUAGUCUACUAAUAAUCCAAGCAGAAUGCAAUGAAGAUGUCUCUAUGAAGUGUGAAGCUGUCCAGGAUAAGAGCUAUCGAUCUGUUACAUGGUAUAAGCUGAACAACCAGACUGGUAUUAUCAGAAGAAGUAACGGUGAGAAGCCAUAUCCCUUUAGAUUUCCCCGACCUGCAAGGUUUGGACCAAUGGACAGUCUAGUUCUUCCCAGAGUCAGGCCUGAGGAUGCAGGGAUAUACCAGUGUCUCCUCAGGGCCAACAUAGGACAGACUAACAGAGAUUCAAAGGUCACCCUCAAUGUAUCUACAGAUUGUGUGAUCCAUACUACAGUGGCAGUGACAGCAUGGCAGAAUGUGACUCACACUACCUCAAUGUGUCCCAUGCAAUUGGUUGAGGUCUCUGUCAUAUGGACUUCAUGUGGAUUCUUGAUUCUGGGCCUUGUCAAAAUUGCUCUGUGUCUCAUCUCUAUGGGGGUUGUUCGAAACAUCAAGAGGAGUCAUAGCAGGAGAAAAAAACAACAACAGUGGUAAAGAAAAUCUUGGUCACAAAGCCACGUUCUGAGCGCAAGCGGUCUCAAGAACUGCUGGAUGUUAGGUCUCUGGAAACAUUUGUUAAGCUGCGUUAACACAUGCAGACCAAUUCUGAUUUUUUCCCCCGAUCACAUCAGAUCUUUUCACAUCAGAUAUUUUUCAGCACUGAUUGAAUUGGUCAAAAAUAUCAGAAUUGGGCUACCUGUGUAAACACAGCCCUAGAGAGUUCACUAUGUCACCUGGAUAAAAGUUUACAUUUGUGACAGAUGUAAUCACUUAAAGUAAAACCAAACAAUGUAACGAAAGGUGUAAAUAUCUGCUUCAAAUAUAUUUCUGCUUUGUUUUGCUAAAAUCUUGCAGUAAUACCCUGAGCAGCUUUCCAGCAAAUGCAGUUCUGUAUACUUAUUGUAGACCCUACUUAUCACAGACUACCGUAUCGAUUUUAUUCUGCCAAUACCAGAGUUGAUGAGUGAAGAUGCAUUGUUUUGAUUUUCCUUCCAACCACUUUGUGAAAACUUUGAUGCUGAUGAGGUAUGAUUCAUGUCCAGAAUAGCCAGUAGCCCCUGCUGAUUGUGCCUUAUUGAGUAAACUCAACGCUGUUCAAACAGCAGGAUGCUGUGAGGACAACUUAGGGCAGGGGUUCUCAAACUUUUUUGGCCCACAACCGAAUUUUGAUAUCUGAAAAUUCUUGCAACCCCAAUCAUGUGAAAAAUUAUGUAAAAUUAUGUAAUUAACAGCCAAUGUUAACUUUUUUACUUAGGGCUCUGGAGGUCAAUUGAAUAACAUUCUAACAGUAUUUCUGAUUGUCUUCUCAACUCAUCAUCACAUACUUUUAAUGUGGGGCUAAUGACAGUCAAUUGCAAGUUAGUCUGACAUAAUGUAUCCUAUCUCACCACCACUAAUGAGAUGGAUGUGUUUGAUGCAUGUCGAGUCGGAGCUUCUCAAAGUCAGGGGACGUGGUCAACAGCGCACACCGCAUCUCUGCUGUCACAUCCAACCUGGAUCAAUAUUUGGUUUUAAUGCAGACGAGAGCACUGAAACCAGCUUCACACACAUAUUAGGUGGCGAAGAGUAGCCUACCAUGAGUUUUAUGGUGCUUUCAAGACAACUGGGAACUCAGAAAAGUACGAGGUCAAAUCAUGACGUCAGUGAUUGUUAGGUCGGAAAGUUGGAGCUCUAGAAAAUUGGAAUUCCCAGUUGGAGCACUUUUCUUUCCAAGUUCCUAGUUGUCUUCAACGCACUGAAGUCGGACAUUUCCGAGUUCCCAGUUCCUAGUUCCCAGUUGUUUUGAACUCAAUCAUUAAUGCUCAGAGGGAGACGGCAGGGUAUUCCCUUUGAGUCAGGAACCAAAACUCCUCUGUAGUGAGCUUGAAUGCAUUGUCUUCAGCAUUCGGUCACAUGACAGUUCAUCAGCGCUUCAAUUUCACUUACCAGCAUGUCAACUGAGCCAGGGUCACAGCCAAACGAAUUGGGAAGUAAAGUAGGUCCCAAAGUGCUCUUCGAAGCGUUGGAGGUAAGCAGUCAUCACUCGUGUGGGACACUUACUGAUGCUGUUUUCCAGUUAUUUUCUUUUAAUUACACAGAAAGUCAACCAAGUCUGUAUUCUUUAGAUCCGUUGUGAAUGACAGUACCUCUCUUAAUAUGAAAAAUCUUUCCAAAAUUCCCCCUCAAUAACCACCAAGCCUCGGUGUGAAAUCGAACAUUGUCAUGCUCUGAUCCAAUAUCUUCAUGUAGUUUUGCGAACAGGUGUACAAGUACAAGGAUCUGGUUUGAUGUAGUUUACAAUCAAAGUUACCUGCUGCAGUAAAUUCUGUGCUCAGCUCUUUUGCCACCAGUUGCUCUCGGUAUAUCAUACAAUGGUCCAUAUGGCAGAGGGAGAUCCAUUCAUAACUGCAGAGGCCUGCAUGCCGUCCCGCCAUAGAUGGAGCCCCAUCUUUGCAAAAGCCCACCAUUCAAUCCCAUAUGGAAUCUGUUUUCAUCAAUACAGCCAUGCAGCACACUGAACAUCCUCUAUGCCGUUUCAUGCUCUGGAAUCGUGAGAAAGAACAAUAUGUCCUCGUGAAUAGCAUCCCCGAAAUGUAUAGCGAACAAAAGUCAAUGCAUGGGCAACUCGGCCCUCACAGCUAACAUCCAUUUGGAGAGCAUAAGCCGUUUGUGUAGUUCAGUCAGAGUUCCCUCUUGAUUGCUAGCAAGCUGUUGCAGGGUAGCCUAGUGGUUAGAGCAUUGGACUAGCAACUGGAAAGUUGCAAGUUCAAAUCCCCAAGCUGACAAGGUACAAAUCUGUCAUUCUGCCCCUGAACAGGCAAU